CUGUAUUCUAGGAUGCAUCACAGAUGGAAGAUUUUGUCUCCACAGCCACAAUGUUCUGUCUGCUGAAUCUCAUCUGUGCUGAUUUGCAAGUCCAAAGCUGUCACAGACCCCAAUUACUCACUUAACAGAGGAUUCAGUCAGUACAAGAGAAACAGUUACACGAUAUUAGUUACAUGAUAAUUUCUGUACCUACUUUCAGAAUGCUGUACAAAGAAGAGCAAAUUAUGACAUCGACAUCUAAAGGAAUUUUCCGGCCAUUUUUUAUUAUCUUCAUUAUCCUUGGUUGUUUCAUGGCAUUUAUAUUGAUUUAUAUCAAACCAACAAAUAGCUGGAUUUCUGGUCCUAUAGAAUCAGCCAGUUCAGUGUUGAAAAUGAAGAACUUCUUUUCUUCCAAAACUGAUAAUCUCAAUGAAACUACUGUUUUGAUCUGGGUUUGGCCAUUUGGUCAGACGUUCGAUCUGACGUCCUGCCAGACGAUGUUCAACAUCCCCGGGUGUCAUCUGACCAUUGACCGCUCGCUCUAUAACCGAUCCCACGCUGUCCUCAUUCAUCACAGAGACAUCAGCUGGGAUCUGGCCAACUUACCUCAGCAAGCCAGGCCACCAUUCCAGAAGUGGAUUUGGAUGAACUUGGAGUCUCCAACUCAUACUCCACAAAAGAGCGGCAUUGAACACCUUUUUAACCUGACCCUGACUUACCGGCGUGAUUCAGAUAUCCAGGUGCCUUAUGGCUUCAUGAUGGUUGGCACCAGUUCCUUCACAUUUGAAGUACCAAGUAAGGAAAACUUGGUCUGUUGGGUUGUGAGUAACUGGAACCCUGAGCACGCACGAGUCAAGUAUUACAACGAGCUCAGCAAAUACAUUGAAAUCCACACCUACGGACAAGCCUUCGGAGACUACGUCAAUGACAAAAACCUGAUUCCAACUAUCUCCACCUGCAAGUUCUACCUUUCCUUUGAAAAUUCAAUCCACAAAGAUUACAUUACUGAGAAACUCUACAAUGCUCUCCUGGCUGGAUCAGUACCAGUCGUAUUGGGCCCUUCCAGAGAAAAUUAUGAGAAUUACAUUCCAGCAGACUCUUUCAUACAUGUGGAAGAUUUUCUCUCCCCCAGAGAGCUGGCAGAAUAUCUUCUGAUGCUUGACAAAAAUAAUAAGAUGUAUCUUAGUUAUUUCAACUGGAAGAAGGAUUUUUCAGUGCAUCUUCCUAGGUUCUGGGAAUCACAUGCGUGUCUUGCUUGUGAUCACGUGAAAAGACACCAGGAAUACAAAUCCAUUGGAAAUUUAGAAAAAUGGUUUUGGAAUUAAUUUGUGUGUGGGGGGGGUGGGUGUGUGUGGGUGUUUGUGUGCAUUUUUUUGAAGAAGCCAGAAAGGACUUCAGUCCAAGUGGAGAGGAGAGGAAAAGUGAAAAAAAAGGAAGGAAAAGAGAAUCUCACAUCAUGGUUUAUCAGUUAUUCUCUUUUGGCUAUCCUAUUUAUAUUUUGUAAGAGAUUUUAAAAGAUCAGCAGCAGCAGUCAUCAGUACUCAGUUUCAAAUUAUAAUAGAUAUACUAAUUAUGUGCACUGAAGAGUAUUUGAUUGCUUAUUAUAAAUUUAAAACAAGAUUUUCCACAUUUUCUGUGAAACAUGUCUCAGUCUUUCACUUGAAGUAGUCAUUUUUAUAUUUUCUUUUUUUAUUUUUACCAUUAUCUUUGUUGUUUAACCUAUUUGGAAAAUGAGGAAACAAUUUUUAAAUGUCAGAGAAAAUUUUAAGAACAUAAUUUGUUGCUCCAGAUAGAAAUGUGUGUAACACUUCAAAAGACAGCAAAGUUUCAUAUGUUCAUCUUGCAUUUAAGAGCACAGUCGAGUACAAUGCCUAACAUAAUGGAAGUGUGAUUAAUUGCCCCCUUUUUAAGAGUAAUGGACCUAGAACUAUAGCUUUUUAAACGUAUUAGAAUAGUGGAUAGUCUUGGUUUCUAAAAAGGUUUCCUAACAAAUGGUCCCAUUUGGUUGAUUUAGGAAUAUGUCUCUUCUUACCCUCUGAAGAAAAGAGAAGUCAUAUUUAGAGAAAAUGACCAAUCCUGGUGACCAAAACCCAGAUUCAUCAAAUUUUUGAGUGUAUUCAAACACAGCACACCCUUGGCCUUCAAUAUGUCUCAAGUAUUUUUCAUCUGAACCAGGGCUUUAAGUAGUGUUCCACUGAAAUAAACAGAUUUUUAAAAAGAUGUUUGAUUACAUCAGAUUUAUGCACUGAAUUCAGCUGGUAAUAAUGGAUUUUUAGAAGCACUUUGCUGAGAAAUUUUAGAAAGCUCUCUCAUAUAAUUUCUUGAAUUAUAGUGAAUUUCCUCUCAAUUCUGUAAAGAUCUGUUGAAUUUUAACUGUAGCUGGACAACUUGAUGUUAUGACACAUAAGUGCGGGAAAAAUUAAUAAGCAGUCAAUUUUCUGAGAGAAAUUUGCUGAAAUUCAGUAAAUAAGCUAUGAUGCUAUAUAAACUUCCAACUUACCAAGCUAAUAAAUUUGGGGGGUUGAAAAUAUUGUGUAUGAGAGGUAUUACAAAUGAACUCUUCAGAGCAACAACUGCUAUCAAUAUUUGAUAAUAUAAGUAGGUUUUUAAGUAUCAAAUUUGCUCUAAUAACAAAACCAAAAAAUUUUGAUGGUUGUCAUAAUUUUAAGAUGCCUACUUCAAACAUGUAUCAUUUGAUUUUACUACUUCUUUCUCUCAGCUAAGACGAAUUUCUGAUUGCCAUAUAUAUUCAUAUGUACAAGGUUGGUUUAAUGGCAUAAAUGUAUGGGUAUACUUUAAUACCAAAUGACAGCAAAUCAGCUUGGAUUUUCAGGUCAAAGUGCUGCAAAUCACACCUGGUACUGGAAAAAAAAAAAAGAAAAAAGUUAAACUGGAAAGACUUCUGCUUGUGAGAUGAAUAAGACCCUGGUCAAGCAAAGUGGUUAAUCAAGUAACUGAGAUUAAAUUUGCAGACAAAAAAGUUGCUGCAGUAAGGAAAUGAGAGAUAAAUUAUAAAUAUUUAGCAAAAGACAGUGGGACUUAUUACAGGCUGGAAUAGAAACACAAAAGGCUAUAAGAGUAAUUAAUUAAAUUUAUAGAACUCAAAACCCCAUGAAAAAGUUAUAGAAUCACUUCUGCUCUGCCUAUGGUUUCAAAAGCUGUAUUCUGAUCCAGCUAGCUUUCAAUAUACUGUGAAUCACCUAAACUCACCAGCAUUUUAGUAUGCAGCAAGAUAAGCUUACCUUGAACAUUAAUGCAAUACAAGGAAACUGAGUCUUCGAAAAACAAACUUCUGAUGUAAUAUAAGUAGUAUCUUAUCAUUUUGAAGGCAAGUUUCUUUAGCUUUUAGUCUGUCCUAUGGGACAUCAUAACAUUUUGUUUUCAGGAGGACUGUGAAAUUCUCAGUGACUGAACAUACCACUGGUUUGGCUGAAUGACCUGAUUCCCUCAGUGCUGGAAUUUGGAAGUCCUUUGCAUUAACCUCAAUGAGAGGUGAAUGUGUACAACCAUCCCUCACUUCAGAUUGUGAGCGCUGCUGUACGUGUUAGAAGACCUUGGGUGCAUUCAGACUGGUUCCUUGGCAGCAAAUUCAGCUAAGUCCUUAUAGUAAUAACAAGUAAGAAUAUAUAAGAUAUAUGAAGUGUGAAAUAUUGGUCAGUGUUUACACAGGAAAGUUUUGCAAUAUACUCUGAAUUUUAAUCCUGUAAGUAAUGUCUUUACCUCUGUAAGCACAAGAUCCAGCCAGCAUGGCUAAUCUUAGGCUGAAUUUUAAGAAAUGGGAAAGUCUUUUGAUGGAACUGGAAGGAGUGAAGAGUGUUAUUCUCUUCACAAGAAGAAAAGGUCCACACAAGGCUUGUAUAUAUUUCAUUCAGGAAACAUUGCUAAAAUUGCUUCAAAGAUUAAUAAAACAGGAGAGAAAUCUAAUUCAGAAUUAUGCAUAAGAAUCACUACCAAGUCCUAAAAAAUAUACAUGAGCCUAAUGCCUCACUGGCAUUCUUGAAGAGUAAGUGCUGGAACAAAAUUGAGCCAAUUUAUUAUGAAGAUUUUAAGGUGAUCUGCAAGUAUCAGGUCUUAAGCAGUUCUGGAUGGAAACAUCUUUGCUGACAGAAGAUGAAGCAAUUUUGGGCAUGUUCAGCCUAUGUAGUAAAUGAUGUGAAGCAAUGGAUACAAAACAUCUGUGCUCAAUGCAUGCACAAAGGCUGCCUACCUAGACCUAGACGCUUAACUCACCUAAGGCUGCUCCCAGUCUCUAUCUGACAUUCAGCUUUGUGAGGUCUGUGCUUCUUUUGUGAUCUACUCUACAUGGGCAGCAAGAACAGACACUCAAAUAACAAAUCACUGUGAAAGAAAAGGAGCAAACUUAGGCAACUGUGGAAGGGACUAGACAAAAUAGGUAUUGUGCUUUGGUACCGCUGGCAAAAGAAGAUAAUUACCUAAAAAAAGUGAACUAGAAGUUGGGAAAUCACACCAGUCCCAACUGUUUUCUCAAGAAAUUUCUUUCAGACAUUUAGUUUCUUUUGUUUGCUAGCCCCCAACAAUCUUGCGUUGCAGUUAAUGAAGACAGAGGGUAAUCACCGUUCUUUGUUUUACAGUGGCUUGCCUUGGAUGUUUUUAGGCUCUCUGUCAUACAUUGAGCUAUCAACACUACUGCUUUUCUCAGUGUGGAAAAUAAGACCCAAACCAGAUAAAAUACUAACAGAACAUGCAUUGCUACCCCACUGAAUGUGGACAGGUAUAAGACAAAACUGGCAGCAGAUCCUUCUAAAGCAGUUUUCCUUUAAUUUCAUAGACAAUUGCCACAGCAGAUCUUGCUUAGUAUGAGAUCCCCAUUCCUUAGUGAAUCCUGUUGCCAGUUUCUUUGAGUGCCUCAUUCCAUGUGUCUACACCACAGUGAGCAAGCAGCCUGAGUGAGACAUCCAGCAACAUAUUUGUCUUUUAAGAAACAGAUCAAAUAAAAUGAAAGUUGGACUGAGAGAGCAUCAAUGUGGGGCUUUGUAGAGUUCAUGCAGGCUGAGCAAGACAUGGGGAAUGGACACCACUGAACACAAUAAGGGACUACUUGCUCUCUCUGGACACUCAUUGGUUUGUUCUCAAAAAAACCCACAGGCUUUAAAAAAACACAUAAUUUUCUGCCGUCUCUAAACAAGCAGUUAAGUAACCAAUAACUUCUCCUUUUUAUUCAAGAAUGGGACUCCUGUUAGCCUUAUAUUAUAUUUUUUAUUAGAUGCAGAGUAACAUUCAGGAGAAGAGAAAGGUUUGUCAGUAAGAUAAUUCUAUUUCUUAUCUAGAUUCAAGGAUCUUUAUUCCUAUUUUCUUAUUUGAUUUAUAAGUCCUCAUGCAGCAACACCUUCUGGACACAAUACAAAAAGGCAUUAAGGAUAUGCAGAUGACAAUGAGACUUAAGUGUGUGCUUAAUUUUAUAAGUAUCUUAAAUGCUUUAAUGCACUGGGGCUCCAGAGAAUAUGUUUUCAUUGCCUUUAGGAAUUGUGCCAAAGUGUGCACUCUAUAGACAUCAGAGACCAACUUGUGCAGCCUCUUUUGCGUCAUGCCUCUUUCUCAUCAUUAAGAGAGUAAAGACUGGCUGAGUACAAAGUGAAUAGUCCACAAUUAAAGCCUUUGAUUAGUUCUGAUUUGGUGUCUAACCAAUAAAUCUUGGCCCAGCUCUUCUCCUCCUCCACCUCCUCAGGCCAUCCCCUGAGCACAGCGCCUCAGCUUACAGCCUGCCCGUGCUGUGCAGGGUCACUGAAUUUCCAUGUGACUGAGGGAGCCAGAGUGGCUGAGGAUGCUGAGAUAGUAUUUCAAGGCCUGUCCAAGGAUGAAAGCAUAAAACCUGGUCAUGUCCUGAAAUCUGGACUCACUGUGCCCUACAGAGAGUCAGUCUCAGCCACACCUGAUUUUCCUCUGAGGAAAGUAUUUGGUUCACUCUAGGUGAGACUGUGAGUAAUCACUGUGUGUGCAAAGUCGGAACAAGAGGUGUCUCUGUGUCGGCUUCUGACCUAUUUAAACCUAGCAGUGAAAAUUUAACAAAUACUCAAGUGUUUCCUUGGUCAAAACUAGUGAGUUAUUGAGAACAGAGUCCAGGGGAAGUAUUUGUAUACCCACCUACCAGCUGGUGGGCUUUUUCAUUAAUUUUGGCUGACAGUUCUCUUUUAGCAUUUUUGUUUUUAUUAAAAGUGAUUUUAAAAUGUUAGAAAUCAAUCAAUAUGAUUCAUACAAGAUAGCUAUUUCACCUUUAUCUUUUGCUUCUUGCUUGGGCAAAUCUUCUACCAGAGUUAGCAGGUGAUUUGGGAGAUUCCUAUGCUAGUAACAAAGGAUUGAGCCAAGGAUGAAAUGGCUUGGGUAGAAAAUGCCUGUCUUAUUCAUGGAUAUUUCCCUUCUAAUUUUUGAAUAUGUAGUUAGUGCUAUGGACAAUUCUACAUUCAAAAAAUCAAUGUAAAAAGCAUACUGGUUAGAGAUGCUCAUAAAAGGUACAGAAAUACCAAUAACUUGAUGAAAUAAACCAUGCAGUGGCAAUUUUAAUUCAUGGCACUAUUGCUACAGGGUGAUACAGAUGAUAAAAUCAUCAGCUUGAGAGAAAUAACUUAGCCUAGAGACAUCAUCCAGCAGUUUUCAUACUGGAGGAAGUAAUUUCAUUACUCCAUUGCAAAUGUAAUUAAUUGGCAAUGUUUAGUGUCACCAAUUGACUGAAAGCAACAGCCUCUGUGCAGUGAAUAUCUCAGAGUUUUGCUCACGUGGCAGAGAGCCUCUCCCCCCCAGGUUAACAGCCUGAAUUAGGAGUUGGUUGGCACAGGUCACUGCUGGCAGCCUCUAGCAGGUGGUUCUGUGGUCGCAGGUUUUGCAUUGCUGCUUUCAGCCAAGGAGGGCAAAGAACAGAGCUGAGACUCGUCUGACACCCUCUGUGCAUUUCAUGGCACGCUCCCCGCGGGGCUUAAGACACUCUCACUCCUGUAGCCUGUGCCCUGCCUGCCUAUGAGAAUGCAGAAAACUUUGCUGUUCCAAGAAAUAAGAGAAUUUUCAUUUUUUUUGAGGUGUGGUGCCAGUCUGUGCAAAUGAAUUAUUGAUGCUUGGGGGAACUUCUCAUUAACAUUCUUAAGUAAUUAAUUAGCAGUAAAACAAUUUAAUCAUUGCAAAUUGACAGCAAAAGCAGCUGAUAGUUAUUCUUUAUCAUGAAUUGGUCCAGUGGAAAAGAGGAUUUGAUGAAACUUUAUCCCCCUGGAUUGAUAUAGCCUAGUUGGAUUCAGACAUAGAAACAUGUUUGAUAGCAAAAUUUGAAAGAUAUAUGGUAAACCAACACAUACAUAUAAAGUUGGGACAAAUUUCCUACAGAACCUUGAAACUAUAAACAAGCACUUUAGCAGUCACCAGACAUAAAAUGUUCCCAUCAAUCCAUUUCUUUAUAACAUCAUAAGAAAAGCCAGCCUGAUAUAUGCUAUUUGGCAAAUAAAUUAAUUACAAAACCUACAUUUUCUUUGCUGCUUUGUAACACUCAUACGAGCUGAGAUUAAAAACUUUGGAAAGUUAACUCCCUUGAAUUAAAGAAUCUGUGGACACACUGAAAAGAAGUGAGAAGCUUUUCCAUCUAUACAAAAUCCUAAUGUGCCAAACUGUUUCCAGUGAAUGAACAACACAGUUAAGUAUACUGACUUUUUAUUAGGAUUUACAAAAUCUUCUAUUAACGCACUGUAAUUUUGCACUAUUUUGUAAGAAAAUUUAAAAAAAAAGGAAAAAAUAAAAAAGGAACCGGAAAAAGAAACAGAAAAAAAAUCUAAAAAUAGAUGCCAAAUGUAUAGUUUGUAAAAUACUAUUUUUCUGAUAUAAGGUGUCAUUACAUUGUGAAUCUAACUGUGUUAUUGUAAACUGUGAAAAAUGUGAUGUUCUGUUGUGACACAGCCUGUGAAGGGCCAUUUCUAACACAGAUAAUUCACCUGGACUUGUUUAUAUGAAACAUAUUCAUAAAUCUGAGAUCACUUUUAUACUUAUUUUUAUUAGACUAUUUUUCCACAUUUGCAACACAACUGUUAUUUUAUAUCAAACAUUAAUUUUGCUUUAAAAUAUUAUUUGAAUAGGUGGGUGAGCGUCUUAAAUGUGCCAGAGAUUCAAAUCUGUAACAGAGAUAAUUCAGAAACUAUUCUUUGCCAAACUGUAAUGCUACUAAAAUCAAUGAUGUUUUGUUGAAAAAUGGGCACACUGUCAAUAAACAUAAGUUUCUAGUCCAAUAAUGAUGACAAUGUCACAUUUUCUAGGAUAAAUGCCCGGUAGUUACAAGCUGCAUUUCCCUGCUGUCUUUGUGUAUGUUGAGGAAACAAAACUGUGUGCCAUAGCUGAAUGUCAUAGAUAUUCAGUCACUUAAAUAAUGUGCCAUAGAUUUUACCUCUGAGAUAUAUUAAUGAGGAUUAAGGGGAAUAAACAAGGUGUUUGUCCUGAUUCAAACUCAGUUUCUGUGAUGGGUCACAUGGAAAUGGGGUGGUUGUUGAGGCAGGACUGGGACAACGUCAGCAGGGAGAGUAAGUUCUGUGCACAGAAACAUGUGGGGACUGCAUUUGUUGUGUUAGUGCAAGAUCAGGACCAAAGUCCCUUUCUUUUACAUUUGAACUUGUACCCAUAACACUGAGUGAGAUCUGAUAGGAACCCUUUCUUCAUGUUCCCAGGUAGUGAUAUUCCUUGUACUGACAACUUUUAUGUGUUUUAUAUAGUAUAUAUAUAUAUAAUGCAUAAAUUCAUGUGUAAGAAAGAGUAACCCCAGCAAAUUGAAUCUUAAUUAAAAUAAUAGAAACCAUUCUUACCUGCAGGCACGUUCUAAGAUGCCAUGUUGAAAGAUAUUGUAAAAAGAGUAUUUUUUAUUUAUUAGUGAUUAUAUAUUUUGCCCCAUGAUCUAGACAUUUUAUAUCAGGGAGUCUACCAAAAACUGUUUUUUUUUCUUCCCUUUGAACACUACCAUCACCCUGAGAUGCAUCUGGAAACUGUAGAGGUCAACCAACCACUGAUGUUUUGUGGUAUUUUUUUAGUAUGAUGUUGUUGUUGAACUUUCUUCUGAUUACCUAUAGCUAUGUUCAGAGUCUUCAACAUAAUUUAACUGCAGACUGAAGAUACCUACUGAAUGAAACUACAGGUAACCAUCAUUAUUUCAAAGACUUUCACCAUUUAUGUGAAAUUAAUAAUUCAGAACACUGAUUCCAAGGUGGUUAAGAAGCAGCUCAUUGACUCUUAUUUAUUGAGCACUGGAAUUCUCCCUAAAGGAUAAACACUGAAUCAUGUAAAUAAUAGUGCUCUAUAUAAGCCUAACAAAAUAUUGUAAUAGGUAUAUUUAAAAUAAAAAGAGAACAUUCCAAGUGUA